UGUCAACGUCAAUUAAUUAUUUCAGGACAGCCGUUCGGUCUCUGAGGAAAUUAUAUUUAAUAAUUUGAAAAUUAAUACAAAAUACACAUAGUGAAAUGGAUGAGAAGUAUGAAACAGUGAAACUAUGUUAUACAAUACAUAAAUUUUCUAGCUAUUCUGCAAAUUUUAUACCAGAGAAUAUCAUGGUGAACAAUCCAUGGGAUCAGCUAUCACGUUGGUUUACAGACAGUCCAUUGCCUUCACAAUAUGUCAUGCUUAAAUUGAAGACUAUAUCAGUUGUGGAAACUAUUAAAUUUGGAAAAUAUGUAAAGGCCCAUGUUAGUGAUCUUAAAAAGUUCCAAAUAUUUGGUGGAGUGGAUGAAAAUAACCUGUCUUUGCUUUUAUCUGCUGGCCUUAAGAAGGACAGUACCCCAGAAACCUUCAGGUUGCGACACAGAACUACCGAAAGGCUUUACCUUCCUGUCCGUUACUUGAAAAUAGUGCCAUUACAGUCAUGGGGCCCCGCUUACAAUUAUACUAUAUGGUACAUAGAGAUUUUUGGUAAAAUACAUGAGGAAUUCAUCAAUGAUGCAAUAGUGACUAUUAACUUGCGUAAAGAAGAGGAAGCCGUUCGUAUCUUGCUAAAGCAUCUUCGCAGACGGCGGUACAAAGAUGCAUUCGAAGCACUUUCACGGGAGAGUGGAGUGAGACUCGAAGGAGACACGCAAGCCAGGCUGUGGAAUGCCCUUGUUGAGAAUGGAGACUAUAAACUGAGUGAGGAAAUUAUGAAGGAAGCAAUUAAUGAAGGGGAACUGGAUUGGUACAUGUCGUGGCAGCCGUACGCCCCGCAGUGGAGGCUGAUGUCCCCGUGCUCGGCCGCGGUGGAGGCGCGCCUCAGCUGCGACGCCGCGCAGCCCCCCGCGCCCGCACCCGCCCCCGCGCCCGCCCCCGCCCCCGCGCUCGACCCGCCCGCUGACGAGCAGCCGGAGGACUGCGCCGGCGCUGAGUGCUCGUCGUACAGCAAGCCCGGCCCGCGCGGCGGACACCAGUUGGUAGUGGACUCUACCACAGGUACACUCUACUUAUUCGGAGGCUGGAAUGGCACAGAAGACCUAGACGACCUAUGGUGUUUCAACAUGGACACCGAACGUUGGACCUUGCUGUGCGCCCACAGCGAGCAGGCCAACGGGCCAACGCCCCGUUCCUGUCACAAAAUGGUGUUUGAUCCCGUCAAACGGAGACUUUACACUCUAGGGAGGUAUUUGGACAAUGCUCAGAGAGUAGCAGCUAAUAUGAAUAGCGACCUGUACAUGUACGACAUAAGCACGAACACCUGGAGCGUCGUGUGCGACAACACGGCGCUGUCGGGCGGGCCGCGGCUCGUGUUCGACCACCAGAUGUGCAUAGACCCCGACACGCAGACCAUAUACGUGUUCGGCGGCCGAGUGCUGCCGGCUAACACCGAGGAAGUGGUGUGCCCUCAGUACUCGGGACUGUACGCGUAUUACAUAGCGACGAACUCGUGGCAACAACUGUUGUCCGACCAGCCGCGCGCCGGCGACCCGCCCGCGCCGCUGCCCAGGGUUUCCCACUCCAUGCUGUUCCACCCUAUCCAACGCCGGCUGUACAUGUUCGCCGGGCAGCGGAACAAGGAACACCUGCUGGACAUCUGGUGGUGGGACGUGUCCGACAACUCGUGCCGAGCUCUGUGCUCCGCGACCACGUGCCCGCCGCCCGCCGCCGGCUUCACGCAGAGGGCGACACUGGACCCCGACACCGACGAGAUGUUUGUGUUGUCUGGCAUGAGCAAAGAGAAAGACAAGCGCGUGUACAACACCCUGUGGGUGUUCUCACUGAGGCGGUUGACGUGGACGUGCGUGUACCGCAACGACUGCGUGUCGGCGACCGAGCCGCGCCCCAGGUUCGCGCACCAGCUCGUCUAUGACUCUGUCAGGAAGAUCCAUUACCUAUUCGGCGGCAACCCGGGCAACCAGAUCGCCAGAUCGACUCGCCUGGACGACCUGUGGGCCUUGCGCCUGAGCCGCGUGUCGGCGCCCGAGAUCUGGCGCAGCACGCGGGCGCAGCUGCGGGAGGCCUGCUACCGCGAGAUGGCCGCAGACCGCAACACGGCCGCCAGAGCCCUGGAUUAUCUGAGACACGAUUUGGCUGAAGUUUUGGACCUAAAUGAUCGUGAACAGAUGGUCCGGUUCCACAAGCUGGCGACGGCGCUGUUCGAGUGGCCGGGCGAGUGCGCGGCGGCGCGCGCGGCGGCCGGCCUGAGCGCGCGCCGCGUGCGCUGGCUGCGCGCGCGCACGCCCGCCGCGCCCGCGCGCCACGACCUGGCGCACGCGCUGCACGCGGUGCUCGGAGCGGAGGACUCCUACCCCGAGCCGCCCGUCCCGUUCGAGGAAGUUUCCCCGCCCGCCCCCGACACGUGGGACGUGGGCGAGGACGCGGACGCGCCCCCCGCCGCCGAUAGCUACGCCCGCGCCACGCGGAUACAGCUCUACGACAAACUGUGCGCCUACUUCAGGCCCAGCACUGUGCCGCCGAAGGCAGACGUCAUGGCCCUGGUGAACUUGUGAGAUUCGAAUUUCGAAUACUUCGGUAUUGUGGGCUAGGUAUUUUUUUUAUUGCCAGCCUGAUACGACACUUUUAUAUAGGAAAAGGACUAUUAUAAAAAGAAAAUUAAUAUCUGAAAUGUGAAUAUAAUAUAUUUAACUAAUUACUAGUUUAAUGCCAAAACUUCAAAGACUAUUUAACCGCACUAUAUGUUAAUCCGCCUUUUUCUAUUGUUACCAAGGCUGCGAAGUAUACUUAGCCCGUCACGCUUAAGCCACCCAGUUGAGGACUAUCUUCUUGUACAAAUAUUUUGUUAACUUUACUCUUUGAACUCGUGAAGUAUUUUCUCACGUUUUAACUAAUAAUUAUCGCGACUACCCUCCAUUAGUCUAAAUAACCGUAGUUUGUGAGUUGACGAUAUCAAACACUAGGUAUGUGGCCAUUUUGCUUAUAAAAUAUUAAAUUACAAUAAUGGAACUCUUUUGUAUUAGAGAUCAUACUUUGGUCUUAUAUAUAUUUUGCUGUAGUGUAGUGAUUUAAAAAUGACAUGCACGUAAUAUUUAAUUGUAAAUAAAUAUUGGUACGAAACUCUUAAUUGGCACAUUGUAGAAAUUAUUAAUUCUUUAAAAUUGUUGAAAUUUGUUAUAUUUUUUGUGGCUUUUUACAUAAUCACUUAACGCUCAAAUUGUAAAUUAUAAAGAUUAGGUUAAGGCAUCUGUGUUCGAAAUUCGAGAGAACGAUUAAAUGUUAUUAUCAAUAUUAAAUAAAUUAAUUACAAAUAAUUGUGUUUCUUAAAAUAUUGUCAAAAAAAAACGUUCUUCAUGGAUUUCUUGAUCGGAAUGAUGAUUUCCUAUUUAUAAUGUUGGACACUAUACUCUGUCGUCAUUCUACUUGUAUACGUGUUUUUAAUAUUGCUGUUUACCAUAUUCAUUAAAUUAUCAAUUAAAUAUACUUACGUACAUAAUAAAUAAAAAUAUAUCGUGUUUUAAUAUAUGUAGAUGGCUGUAUUCUAGUUUAGAUAAAAUUAUCCAUUUAUUCAAUUUCUUGAUGAUAAUACCACUGCCGUUUACAAACUAACCACUAUACGUAAAAAACUAAGUAUUAUGUUAUUUUUAUAAGAAAAACAUGAACAUUUAGCUGACGUUAAUACUUGUACAAUUUACCUUGUUGCUUUUACUGAUAACGUUAUUAUAAAUAUUUUAUUUCUUAAUCUCUAUAUAAACUCUUAAAUCGUAAUAAAUUUAAAAUUGUAUUGAGAUUAGAAUUGAUAAUUUUGGAAGCGGUAAGAUUUACAUUACUCUUAGUGUUUUUCAAAAGCCAGAUAAAAUACAUUCGAUAACCAAAUUGCUAUGGAGCCAAAAACAUAGGUGUCAUAAAUAGCGACAUUUUCGCUGCUACCCUCAUUUUGUUUGUAGUCGUAUUGCAAUAUAUCUUUCGGAUACAUUAUACUGUCUAUUGAAAAACUAGCCCUAAGAAGACUAUAGAAAUACAAGUAUAAGUUCGUCUACUAGAGAAGCUAGGUCUUGUAGUUGUGUAGUAUUUAUAUUAAUUGACUAUGUAGUUCUUAGCUAUUCAUUAAUAAAUUUUAUUAUUAUUAUUCAUUGUAUGUAACAGAUUUCAAUAACAUAUUGCCGUAAUUUAUUUGCAUACAUUAAAAUAUAUUACAUUGGUUUUUUUUUGGAAUAUAAGUGUUUUAAUUAAAUUUAAUGAUAUUUUUAAUACUUUAAAAAACUGAUUAAGGUUUAUUUUGUUAAGUUUUGGAAAUGAAAGCAAGCAUUAAAUGCUUAUAAAGUAAUUUGAUGUGAUUCAAAAGGAUGGCUGUAACUGUAGUUUAUUUAGUUUACGGUCAGGACUAGGUUUUUUGGAUUGUUAAAAUAAUUCAUAAUUGUUAUUUGCAUUUUACUAAAAUAUAAAGACUGGGCAAUGAUAUUAGCGCAAUAAUUAAUUCUAUUUCGCUCACCAUAAUUUUAAGAGUGGAAAGUUUCAUGCGGUAUUUCACUGAGAAAUACCGUAUAUUGAGACAGCACAUGUUGCGCGUCAUUGUUGCCCAAUAUAUUUCGAAUACACGUUAGAGAAAUGUGUUUUGCAAUAUGUAUUUGACGCUUGGUAAGCCUCUUCGUUUACCUUCAGACUGUGAUACGAUAUUAUAGUCAAUAGUGUUAAUGAUAACUAUUUUACUUUGGAAUCUCUUUUUCCCGGGUAAUGUAAGUACCUACGACUGAUCUCGUAAAAGCAUAGACGGAAAGUUUGUUGCACUUUAUUAAUGUAGUGGCAUGAUUCUGUCUGCUUCCUUAUGAGGUAGUAUACUUUGUAAAUAUUCAAGUCUACAGUAGGUAUAAGAUUUAUAGUAUAUUUUAUUGACUUCGUGACACAUACCUACGUAAUGUAUUAUCAGUCUGUAUGAAUAUAAAUUAUU